AUGAGUCGAUACGCCGACACCGACUACGGUGCCGAUCGAGCGCGGCCCCGCGGCCGGACCUCGUCCGGCGACGUCUUUAGCCGGCUGGGCGGGAGCGGCCAGGGCGAGUCCUCGGCCCAGCGCGACGGAACCCAUGCUCGCCAUCGCAGUGGCGGUGGGUUUUCGACCCGAGGCAGGGGCGGCAUCUCCAAGCACUCACUCCCUGGGCGGCCCGAACACAACCUCACUCCCUAUUCCUCGGCUCCCGAUGGUGGUCCGCGGCGAUCCUACAAUCGAUCCAAGACCUUCAACACUCUGGCACAAGAAGGGACCCCGAGACUCGUCACCAACUGGUCCGGCGCUUCCAAGACUGCAACGGAGCAGACGUUCCUCGAUUUUAUCCGAUCCAAAGUCAGAUCGCCCAUCACCAUCAUCAAUAGCGUAUACAUGGGCGACACAGCCACUCUCACGGUCGAAAAGCCCGCACACGCCAUCGUUCUGAAGAGCCUCUCGGGCAUCUAUUUCCAAGGGAUCAAGCUCUUUAUCUCAAUCGGCCAAUCCGGCCCUCCGCCGGAUGACAGCGGCAGCCAAACGGCAAUCCAGAAGCUGACCGAGCUCAUAAACUCUCGCUACGAUUCGGCGAACCGCUACCUGAACCUCGACAACAUCACCGAUCAGCUCAAGGCCAUCGGCCAGCCCGAUCUGUCCGAAAGCUCAAAGUUGGGGCCUGUGCUGUGCAAACUGUUUGAGCAAAUCUGUCCAGAGGUCGAGUCAAUCUCUCUGGCCGGAAAUGACAUCAAAACGCUGCAGCCGUUCUCGACACUGCCAACGCGGCUCCCGAAUCUCGCCAACCUGUCCUUCCAGAACAACAAGCUAUUCUCAUAUCAAAACAUCGAUGUGCUGCCUGGGAGCCAGCUGCGGAAUCUCAAGCAUCUGAUUCUUCUUGGCAACCCCAUUCGGGACAAGCUGUUGUCUCGGCCUGGUGGAGAUCUCACAUAUAAGAGCGAUAUCAAAAAGAUAUUCCCGAGCCUCGAGUUCCUCGACAACGAGCAGCUCGUGGGUGAGAUUCGGUUCGACGUCGGAGAGGAGGACACUAUGGAGUCGGAUCUGCCCUUCAAGUCAUGCAAGGGCUUCAUGGAUUCGCUUGGGACAUCGAAUGUGGUCCAGGACUUUCUGCCAAAGUUUUUCUCGGCCUUUGACUCUCAUCGGUCCGAGCUAUCGAACGUCUACGACAACAAUGCGCUCUUCUCGGUCUCGGUCAACAACCACUAUCCCCCAACAUCCAAGGCUUUCGGCAGCCGAGCUGGAGGCUCGGGCACCGAGUACUUUGAUACUUGGUGGACCUUCAAUCGCAACCUGCAGCGAAGCAAAACAACAGACAAGCGCAUCCCGCUGCUGUAUCAAGGCACAGAACGCAUCAUGUGUGCCCUCAACUCCCUACCCGCCACCCGCCAUCCGUUGGACGACACAUCCAAGUUUGUAGCGGAUGCUUUCCAGAUCGCUGGACCCAAUGGCGUGCCCAUGCUGUUCAUCCAAGUGCAUGGCGAGUUCUGCGAAAUCAACCCCAGAGACAACAAGGCUGGAAGAAACAGGAGUUUUGAUCGGACACUUUACCUCGUUCCGUCGACUCCUGGCUCGAGACCUCACCAAGCAGGCGUGCCCUAUGCCAUCAUCAACGAUCUCCUCGUCGUCCGCUGCUGCACCGGCAACAAAGCAUGGGCGAAUGCAACUGAUUAUGCCGACACGACCACGACACCAAAGCCGGCUCCAACACUGCAAACAUCAACACCAAACUCGGCUCCGGCUGGGCCCAUGCAGAGUCAGGGCCAGAACCCGGUUCCUGCAGAGCUUGCCCACCUCAACCCACAGCAGCUCGAAAUGGUCUACGAAAUCUCAUCGAGGACCCACCUCAACUAUGCCUACUCGCUACAAUGCCUCAGCGACUGCGGCUGGCAGAUGACGACGGCCCUGGAGGCAUUCCAUCGGCACAAGAGCAACAUCCCAUCGGAUGCAUACAUCCAAUAA